AAGAAAUUACUCCGGUACUUCUCGGUCAUGACACUGCGAAAUUGAGUCCUCAUUCGAUAGCUUUUACGUUUUUAUGGGACGCGUCAUUUGCUUCGUCCGUACAAUUGUUAAUAUCAGCGGAAACUUCUUUGGCAAUGCACUUCCCGUUUCUCACAAAUUCCUCUCUAAAUAUUUUUCAAUUUUAAAUUAUCUGUGGGACCUUAGGCCUAUCUUUUACAGAGUUAUAUAUGGUUUCUCUUGUUUCUCUAACCACAUCAUAAAAUUUCCUAAAUAGUUCUAGUCGAGUUCCACCAAAAAAAUCUCUUAACCUAAUGCAGUAAUUCCAAAAUAUAGUAGAAGAAUAGAAAUUUUUGCAUCUUGUUGCUUCAUUUUUCAAUUAGCUAUGGUGGAUGGAAGUCUGUUUAGUGGUGGCGCAGUUGGUGCUGGAAUGCAGGAAGUGCUAAGACUGGCCAUAGAAAUGGUGGAGAAAGGUAAGAAUUUCAAAUCGGUGUUGAAGACGAAGAAGGAGACCUUAGAUGCGUUGACUCCUCUGGUAGAAGAAAUGAAACAAUACGCGAGAGAGUUGGAUGGCGCUACUGAUACAGUAGCAAGUUUGGAGAAG